CGCGUCUUGGUUUACAGACUUCCCGCUGGUUGCCGACACAUGCUCCAACCACUCGUCUUCCUCGUCAUAGGCUCCUGACAUAGGAGGAUAUGCCACGCUCACCAAUGAAACCACCCUCUCCAGUCCGACAAUCGUCUAGAACCUCUGCCAAACUGCCCACGGGUAGCAUUCUCACACUCCCUCCAGAAGUAGCUCUGAACAUCUUGACCCACCUCGCAGGAUAUUCCCUCAUACAGGCUUCCCAGACAUGCUCUCUGUGGUAUCAACUCUGCCAAGACGAAAGCAUAUGGUACAAACUCGCCAUUAAGCACAACUACAUUGACUCCACGCACGUGAUGGCAAAAUCGCCUGAAAGUCAUCCAUUACGACGAGAGAUGCACCUGACGAGCGAAACAAGCCACGGUUGGGAAUGGAAGAAAUGGGUGAGACAACGAUUAGAGCUGGAUACACGGUGGGACACUGGACAGUGGAGCGAAGACUCUUUUACAGGGCAUGCGGAUGUUGUGCUGGCCGUUGCCAUCGAUGAAAACAACGGACGCAUAAUAAGUGGAGAUCGGACCGGGAAGCUCCAAAUAAUGGAUUUCAAUAGUACAGUUACGAGGCAACAAGGGGCGCAUAGAAUGGCUGUCAGUUGCUUGGCGAUAUCUGAUGGCAAUGUAAUCAGUGGUAGCUGGGAUGGUGAGCGCCGUUGCUGCAGUUCCCCUUCAGCCGUGGACCAACACUGACGGUUGCUGAAAGGGAUCGUCAAAAUAUGGGAAUACCAUCUCGGAGGACUCCAUAUGACUACCCGGCCGAACAUGAUACUUCGGCACCCGUCAUCCGUCAUCUGCAUCCGGACAUCUGCAUCGCUUCUUGCCGUGGGUACCAUGACCAGCGGUAUCCAACUAUGGAAUCGACAAACAUUGCAGCCUGUUCGCAACCUCUCAAUCCCAGACUCGACACGAAACAGUGUCCAUAGUGUGGACUUUAACUCUUCCUACAUCUAUGCGGCAGUGGAAGAUGACAUAUACGUGUGGUCCAGAAAUAGCUACUCACUGGUCGCUCGGCUUGAGCUACACAAGAGUACGAUCACUAGCCUUAGGAUGCUGGACAAUGGACGGAUUGUAACCGGGGACGAGAAAGGAAUUAUAUUAGUCUGGAAACCCAACGAGGAGAUUUCAGCUGUAGCCAAGCGGAGUCAUGGUGCCAUUAAAAGGAAAGAUUGCAGUAUCGUCGAACUCAAAGGACACACAGAUGGUGUUAGAUGCCUGCAAACCAGUUGCGGAAGGCUCAUUACGGGUGCAUACGAUAACACCGUCCGUAUCUGGUCCCUCACAACCUUGAAACUCUUACAUACGCUCAAAUCACACGUCGGCGACGUCAAUGCCGUAGACUGCACGGCGGAAAUGAUCGUCAGCGGUUCAGACGACGGCUUGGUAAAAGUAUGGGAUUUUAGACCAGGAAUUGCUGAACGGGACUCUCGAUCCGCGACAAAUCAAAGUUGGGCAGAUGCCGCACUGAUUGCGUUGAAGCAUUUGGGGGGUUUACGAACCUGUGAUGAGAUAUUUCACGAGAUUGAAAGGAGAGGAUUAUAUCCAAUGGGGCGUCGGAAAACACCCAAGAAUUCACUCAAUGCAGCCCUCCAUUUAAAUGCUAGAUCAGAUGAAGGGAGAAUAUUUAUAAACGAGAGUAAAGUGCCGCAUCGAUUCGGGGUGCGACCAUAACCUUGUGGUCAUUUAUAGCAAGUUGAAGAAGGGGAGUGAGACAGGGCUUUCUUGAAAGCAGUAGACAUUUAGUGGGAUGUAAAUACAUAGACACUCGCUGGGAACAGAUUGCCUUUGUAUAUAACCUUAUAACUGUUGAAUUGGAAGAUGUCGAGCCGUAUUGAG